AAUGGCCUCUCGCGUAGAUUUAUUCACAAAUCCAUGGCUUCUCGAUUAUUCGCGACCGCCGCAGAGAAAAUCGGGCAACCGGCUUUGAGGCGGCAAGUUCUGACGUUGACCGACGCAGCAGCAUCCAGAAUACAUCACCUUCUUCAACAGCGCCAAAGAUCGUUCCUUCGAUUGGGUGUUAAGGCUCGUGGAUGUAACGGUUUAUCUUACACCCUCAAUUACGCCGAUGAGAAAGGAAAGUUUGAUGAAUUAGUUGAGGACAAGGGCGUUAAAAUACUAAUUGAUCCAAAAGCUUUGAUGCAUGUGAUUGGGACCAAGAUGGAUUUUGUAGAUGAUAAACUCAGGUCUGAGUUUAUUUUUAUCAACCCAAACUCCAAAGGGCAAUGUGGAUGUGGCGAAUCUUUCAUGACAACAACUGGUAGCACAGCUAAGCAGGGUAGUAAUUGAGGAUUUCAACACCCUUGUAAUAAGAUAAGAUUUUAACUAACCUUCAUGAUUCCAGGAUGCUUGCUUUCCUAAUUCACCACUCAAAAUAAGCUACAAGGAAAAAUGUUUCCAUGUCAUUUAUAGGAGUUGCUGCCAACUGAUUGUAUUAGUAUAGGUUCACAUAUGUCUGUAUCACAGAUGCUAGCUAGGUGUAUUCUAAUGGUUUUGUCUAUACCAUACUACAUUACAUAAGUUAUUUUGAAAUAACGAAGUUGAAUUGCAUCUAA